CGAUGACAACCGAAAAGAGAGGUGUCGUGGAGAAAGUCACUCUACACACACGAGUAUUCACGGACAAUAGUUUGAUAAAGGGGGGUGAAGUGAAGGAAGCCCGGGGGGUGUUGAAAGUCCUACAUCGUGAAUUUAAAGGACGGACGGCAACCAUAAACUGCAAAGUUGAAGCCUUUGGAAGAAUAUUACACAGGUUUGUGAAUUGGGAUUCGGAGGCCUGUAUCACUUGUGCAGGAAGAACUUACCCCAUAACUUUGUGUAUUGGUUGAUGACACGUGUGGACCCUGUAAAUCAACUUUUUAGAGGAACGAAUGGAGUAGAUGUCCCAAUGAACAAAAACCAGGUUAGGUGGAUACUUGGUCUUCCAAAUGGGGAGAAGGUAAUCCCCACGAAUGAAGGUGAUGCUGAUGAACAAAUGAAAACCGCGGCCCAAAAUGUACUAAGGUUAUAUGGGCGAAAAUGGCAGAGUGUAAACCUUAGGAAGCGGUCUUAUAUGAUUUAUACAGAUGCAAUUCUGGUGAAUCCAAAAUUUCUUGAAAGAUUGGAGGGUGAUUGGGGGGAAAAUGACGAGCAGGAGUUUUAGACGAUGUUCUUGAUAGCUGCACUUGGGAUGGUCCUAUGUCCGACACAAUGUGGAAGAUUAAGUGCCGGUACGAUAUAUGCGUGCACACUUGGAAUGCAGUCAAGGCAAUAUGAUUGGUGCAAGCUAGUGUAUGAUUUCUUCAUUGAAAGGGCCAAAGUGUUCUGUAGGGACUUCUACACAUACGGGUGGACCAAAGGAGUAGGUGCUUGCACCAUGUUUUUAGUGAUUUUGUAUCUGGAUCGACUCGAUAAAAUUCCCGUGCAGUGGGGCAUUUUCCCUAGGCUGAAGGCAUGGGACAUGAAGGAGAUUCUUGAAGCUAAGAGAGCUUAUCGAGAAUCUGGAAAAAAAGGAGACUACGGUGUUCUAGGGUGUGUUGUGGUUGCGUACGAGAAACACAACAUCCGAGGGCCACCAAGGACAGUCAUGGUCCUGUGUGAAGAGGUAUAUAUUCCGGUAAUGGACAAUGAAAUAUUGAGGUUAAAACAAAGGAAGAAAGGAAAUAGUGAAAGGAUUCCCAUGAAGAUGAGACAGAUGGCUAAGGAGCGGGCAAAAAAAAACAGUGUUAAGUUAGAACGAUUUGAACUCGAUAUGGAUACCGUAAAUGAGGAGGCAAUUAUAACACCUCCCCCACCCCGGCCCGAAUCUCUAAGUGAACGAUGCCAACAGGUUACAUCCUCCCCACCCCCACAACACAAGGUGACACCUCCCCUCCCUUCACCAAAGGUUACCCCACCUCAACCAAAUGUUACUUCUCCACUUCGUCCCCCACCUCAACCAAAGGUUACUUCUCCACUUCGUCCCCCAUCCUUACCCAAAGUAACUUCUCCACUACCUCCCCCAUCCCCACCAAAGGUUACUUCUCCCCUUCCUCCCCCAUCCCCACCAAAGGUUACUUCUCCCCUUCCUCCCCCAUCCCCACCAAAGGUUACUUCUCCCCUUCCUCAAUCCCAAGCAAACUCUACUUCUCCACUUCCUCCCCCACCGUUACCCAAAGUAAAUUCUUCACUUCCUCCCCCAUCCCAACCAAAGGCUACUUCUCCACUCCCUCACCCAUCUCCACCUAAAGUAACUUCUCCACUCCCUCACCCAUCCCCACCAAAAGUAACGUCUCCGCUUCCUCCCCCAUCCCCACCACAGUUUACACUUCCUCGUAGUCCCCAACUUUGUGUUGAUCCUAUUGGAGGUGCAAACUUGGAAGCGGUGGUUAAUGAAUUAAUGGAAUCACCACUACCCGGGAGUUUGGAUAGGGAGAAAGGCAAAGCUAUUGUUUGCGGUUUGUCAGCCGUUCCCCUAGGACAUGAUAUUGAUUGUGACAACAAGAUGGAUGGGCUCCUUGCUUCAAGCGCCCUACUUUUUCAGAGGUCUCGUCCGCGUCGUGGGAGGAAAAAGAGGGUUGCCCUAGCUGAUAGAGGUCGUGGGUGGUUUACCAGUGAAAUUAAAAAAUUCAGCUAUAACCUUGUUGAGUUUGUCAACCACAAUGGUGGUUUACUUUCGGGUCGCGGUAAUUUGAAAGGAUUGAGCCUGAAUGUGAUGAUUAAAUGUGGAGAUGGGAGCAAUUGUAACAUGCACCAGUGCAAAGGAGUGGCACAGCUGAAUGGUUAUGUUCAUAAGCAGUAUGUGGACACGGUUGCAAAACUCUACAAUUCCAUGUGGGCUAGCAAAUAUUUAGGGAGGAGUAUGCGGUACAUGUUGACCUCCGUGUUUUCGGAAAAGGUAAUGAAGUUUGUUGCAGACUGCCGUGAUGGUGUGCAUAAUUCCGCGGUAGAUCGGAGUAGAUUAGCAAAUUGGAUGUCAAAGGAGAGGGAAAAAAUGAAGGUAGCAUCCCAUUUAGGAGAAGAAGAUCAGCACACCGAAACCGGUACAGUUUUUUCCAGAAUAUCGGAGUUGUUCAUUCCAGUAAUUGAAAACUUGGGACCCCAUACAAACCAUUGGUGGUGUCUUGUUGUAUUUGCUGACCCACCAACCAUAUACGUGAUUAACUCCUUGAUUACCAAUCCUGUGGAAGAGCGUAAAAAUAAAAUCGAUGGACUGCUUAUUGGGGUUGACAAGCUCCUUUUCGGUGGUGAAGAUGGAGAUGGUUGGGGCGAGCUACUUUCGCGGAAAAGGCGUCGAAUGGAUAUAGACAUCCAGAAAGACACCCAUAGUUGUGGUGUCCGGAUGCUGCUAGCUAUUAAGGACUUCGCUGAAGGAUACGAGUCGCUCAGCAUAACGGACUUGGAAGAAGCGCGACGGUUGUUGUUGACCCAGGAUAUUCUUUCCCCGUUCAAUUUGGAGCGGGAUCGUAUAAAAGAGCUGGUGAACGGUGCCAACAUGAAAAAACUUUAAGGUCAUAUGUUGAUUAUGUUGUUAUAAUAUUAAGAUUUGUGACAUUACCAGAAAAGCCCGCAUGGAUGGUUGUACAUGGCAAGGCCCAUAAGAACAAAAAUCCAAUUUGAGUAUGCUUGUGUUGCACCCCAAUGGGCCCAAUGAACCCUUGUGUUGGACCAAAAUGAACCCCUUUAACCCAUAAUCACCAAAUAUGUAUGUUAGCCCAAUGUACUUAUUCAAUAAAGCACACUUGUGUAGUUGUGUUCAGAUUGUCACAUAGGAGCACACAUAAACAAA